CAUAUAUAUAUACACAUAAUAAAUCUGUAUAUUAGACGCUAAUUUAAAGAGAGAGAAAGAGAGAGGGUUUGCUAAGUUUCUAGAGAGAGAAAGCUCGUCUUUAGCUCUCUCUAUCUCUUACCUUUUCUUCCCCCUUUGUGCCUCUGGUCUCUGUAUUUUUGCUUCAUCUGAUUUGGUCCUCAAGUUUAUUGUUUUUCGUUUGCAGAUCUAGUAAUAUUUUUGGUAAUAUUCUUGGGUUUUUAAUCGAAGACGGGGCGGUCAAGAUGUCGUCGCUUAGUAGGGAACUUGUGUUCCUGAUCUUACAGUUUCUCGACGAAGAAAAGUUCAAAGAGACUGUUCACAAGCUAGAGCAGGAAUCUGGGUUUUUCUUUAAUAUGAAGUAUUUUGAGGAUGAGGUUCACAAUGGCAAUUGGGAUGAGGUUGAGAAGUACCUAUCUGGGUUCACAAAAGUAGAUGAUAAUCGGUAUUCCAUGAAAAUAUUUUUUGAGAUAAGAAAGCAGAAGUACCUUGAGGCCUUGGACAAGCAUGAUCGGUCUAAGGCUGUGGAUAUAUUAGUGAAGGAUUUGAAGGUCUUUGCCACAUUUAAUGAAGAACUUUUCAAGGAAAUCACUCAGCUUUUGACACUAGAGAAUUUUAGAGAGAAUGAACAACUGUCAAAGUAUGGAGAUACAAAGUCGGCCCGGGCAAUCAUGUUGGUUGAGCUCAAGAAGCUGAUAGAAGCAAAUCCUUUGUUUCGUGACAAAUUGCAGUUCCCACAGCUUAAAAAUUCUAGGCUGAGGACCCUCAUUAAUCAAAGCUUAAAUUGGCAGCACCAACUUUGUAAAAACCCCAGACCAAAUCCAGAUAUAAAAACUCUUUUUGUGGAUCACUCGUGUGGACAACCAAACGGUGCUCGUGCUCCAUCACCUGCAAAUAAUCCUCUUCUUGGAUCGUUGCCAAAAGCUGGAGGCUUUCCACCUCUAGGUGCACACGGGCCUUUUCAACCAGCACCGGCGGCAGUUCCAACACCUCUUGCAGGUUGGAUGUCCAAUCCUUCUACUGUUACUCAUCCUGCUGUUUCUGGGGGAGCUAUUAAUCUGGGUGCUCCAUCAAUUCCAGCUGCAUUGAAGCAUCCAAGGACUCCUCCUACUAAUCCUUCUGUCGACUACCCAUCUGGGGAUUCUGAUCACGUCUCAAAAAGAACUCGGCCAAUGGGAAUUUCUGAUGAGGUUAAUCUACCUGUUAGUGUGAUGACAGCAUUUCCGGGACAUGGUCAUAGUCAACCUUUUAAUGCUCCUGAUGACUUGCCUAAAUCUGUUACGCGGACUUUAAAUCAGGGUUCAUCUCCUAUGAGCAUGGAUUUUCACCCUGUUCAGCAGACCCUACUUCUUGUUGGCACCAAUGUGGGUGACAUAGGGUUGUGGGAAGUGGGUUCGAGGGAGCGAUUGGUUUUGAGAAACUUCAAAGUUUGGGAUCUUGGUGCAUGCUCAAUGCCUCUGCAGGCUGCCUUAGUUAAGGAUCCUGGUGUUUCAGUGAAUCGUGUUAUUUGGAGUCCUGAUGGCUCUUUAUUCGGGGUUGCAUAUUCAAGGCAUAUUAUUCAAUUAUAUUCUUAUCAAGGGGGUGAUGAUGUUCGUCAACACCUGGAGAUUGAUGCUCAUGUUGGUGGAGUAAAUGAUCUAGCUUUCUCCCACCCCAAUAAGCAACUCUGUGUUAUCACGUGUGGUGAUGACAAGACGAUCAAGGUGUGGGAUGCUGCUACUGGUGCAAAACAAUACACUUUUGAAGGUCAUGAGGCACCUGUUUAUUCUGUGUGCCCCCAUUAUAAGGAAAAUAUUCAGUUUAUCUUUUCAACAGCCCUCGACGGAAAGAUAAAAGCAUGGUUGUAUGACAAUCUUGGAUCUCGAGUUGACUAUGAUGCUCCUGGCCGUUGGUGCACGACCAUGGCAUAUAGUGCGGAUGGUACAAGGCUCUUUUCAUGUGGGACAAGUAAAGAUGGGGAGUCAUUUAUUGUUGAAUGGAAUGAAAGUGAAGGGGCUGUAAAGAGGACCUAUCAAGGAUUCCGCAAGCGUUCUCUGGGUGUUGUGCAAUUUGAUACAACUAAAAAUCGGUUUUUAGCAGCUGGGGAUGAUUUCUCUAUUAAAUUCUGGGAUAUGGACAAUGUUCAACUUUUGACUACUGUUGAGGCUGAUGGAGGAUUGCCAGCGAGCCCCCGUAUCCGCUUUAACAAGGAUGGAAGUCUUUUGGCUGUUUCUGCCAAUGAGAAUGGCAUUAAGAUUUUGGCAAAUCAAGACGGAAUGAGGUUGCUGCGCUCUUUUGAGAGUCUAUCUUAUGAUGCAUCCAGGACAUCUGAGGCUGUGACAAAGCCCACAGUUAGCCCAAUUUCAGCUGCUGCCGCCGCUGCUGCUACUAGCGCUGGACUUUCAGAAAGAACAACCUCUGUAGUUACCAUUGCUGGAAUGAAUGGGGAUUCCCGGAGCUUGGGAGAUGUGAAACCUAGAAUAGCUGAAGAAAAUGACAAAUCAAAGAUUUGGAAGCUCACUGAAAUCACUGAACCAUCUCAGUGUCGGUCUUUAAGGCUCCAAGAAAACAUGAGGGUAACUAAGAUAUCAAGGUUAAUUUAUACAAAUUCUGGCAAUGCCGUUUUAGCGUUAGGAUCAAAUGCUAUUCAUUUACUAUGGAAAUGGCAGCGAAGUGACCGUAAUUCUAGUGGCAGAGCGACCGCCAAUGUAUCACCUCAAUUGUGGCAACCAACAAGUGGUAUUCUAAUGACCAAUGAUGUAGCUGACACUAGUUCUGAAGAGGCUGUACCUUGCUUCGCUUUGUCCAAGAAUGAUUCUUAUGUAAUGUCAGCAUCUGGUGGGAAGAUAUCCCUUUUCAAUAUGAUGACGUUUAAGACAAUGACAACUUUCAUGCCUCCACCACCUGCUGCAACGUUUCUUGCUUUCCAUCCUCAAGAUAACAAUAUUAUUGCUAUUGGAAUGGAUGAUUCAACAAUUCAGAUCUACAAUGUGCGGGUAGAUGAGGUAAAGAGCAAGCUGAAAGGCCAUUCUAAAAGGAUUACUGGCCUAGCCUUUUCUCACGUUCUGAAUGUGCUAGUUUCAUCUGGAGCAGAUGCUCAGAUUUGUGUGUGGAACUCAGAUGGAUGGGAAAAACAGAGAAACAGAUUCUUGCAAAUUCCUUCUGGGAGGACACCAUCGUCUCAGUCGGAUACCCGUGUACAGUUUCAUCAAGACCAGAUACACUUCCUAGUUGUGCAUGAGACUCAACUUGCCAUAUUCGAAACGACAAAACUAGAAUGUGUAAAGCAGUGGAUCCCACGUGAAUCUUCUGCAUCAAUUUCUCAUGCAACAUUCUCGUGCGACAGCCAGCUUGUAUAUGCCAGCUUUUUAGAUGCCACAGUCUGUGUUUUCAGCGCUACCAAUCUCAGAUUAAGAUGUCGUAUCAACCCUUCUGCAUAUCUUCCUGCCAAUAUCAGUUCUAAUGUACAGCCACUGGUGAUUGCGGCCCAUCCUCAAGAAGCAAACCAGUUUGCUUUAGGACUAUCAGAUGGUGGGGUUCAUGUCUUUGAGCCUCUUGAAUCUGAAGGUAAAUGGGGUGUGCCUCCGCCUGUUGAGAAUGGGUCAGCGAGCAAUGCUUCAGCUACUCCAGUUGGAGGUUCAGCUUCAGAUCAAGCUCAAAGAUGAUCAAACGACUGCCAGACUAUACAAGCUCUUUUACAUGCUUGACUUGCUGGCCCAUUCUCUUAUUUUAGUUGGUGGUUGAUGAUAUGUAAUUUUUUGCUGAAAAUGAUGAUAUGUAAUUUACUCAAGGAACAAUGUGCAAAGAUCUUAGAUUAAACGUUUUGGGUAGAAAUUCUUGUAAGGUAAAAAAAACAUUGGUAGGGAGUUUAACGUUUUUCUUUAAUGUUUUUUUCUUGUAACUGUUGAAUAUCAAUGUCGUUUUAUAUUUCAGAUUACUUUCUUAGAAAUUUCUUAUCUUUGAGUCAUAUUGUGGAGGAAGAUAAGAUGUUCAUUUCUCUUGGUCGCUGGGAUUUUUCUUCUCUGGGGGCUAUAGUUCAAAAUACUCGUACAGUCUCCUUGUAAAUAUACUACUGACUUGCGGUCUCAAAGUUUGUUAUGGUUCAUUGAUUUUUGUCUUA